AUGAAUAAUUCGCGGUUAUUUCUCCUGGGCAAAACCCUGUACCUAUCCUACAUCCCCUUUUUUUGUCUGGCAUUUCAUGAUCUCGGAACAAAAGUCUCUGGAGGAAAAGCAACCAGAGGACGAUUCUAUGAUCCGUUCGGGAGUCCUUCUCUCUUUCCACAAUCAUCGCCGAAGAGAGACGGGGUUGGGUCUGCCCAAGCACCGGGGUUUUCAUUCGAAUACUCCCCCCCUACUGAUUUGACUCAAGAUGCAAGGUUUGAUGAGAUAUCUCCCCGAAGAAAAGAUUAUGACACAGAGGAAUCAUGGCUUGAGAGGAGGCCGUCAGGGGAAGAAUUCCAGGCUCAACUUACUGCUCUCGUUUCCGAGAAGAAGAAGCAGACCCUCAAGAAUGGCAAACAAGAUACGAAAGCUUCCCUGAUAAUUAAAGCCAAGAAUGUGAAUCUACCUUCCAAGACUGAUGAGCAAAAACAUGUUCAGCGAGUCGAAAGUCCGAUUUCACGAAUUCGCCCAUAUGCGUCACAAUCGGGUAAUCGCAUUUGUGAGAUUUCUGAAGUUUGCCAGAUGAAAAACAAGCCUACAGUUCAAUACGGUAGCGCAGAAUCAAUUAAGCCGCCAGAAUCAGUGGGGAGUGCAAAGGUUUUGGAUUCAGCUGGGGAGCAAGCAGGACAAACGGGCGUUCAAAUGUCAUACACGGAGGCUACUAAAAACGGACAUGGAGGUGAAACUGCCCUUGAGUUCCUCCCCACGACCGUGGACUUGUCUAAUCAAACAAAGAUGCAUUCAAACCCAUACAAGACUUCUGAUACCCAUUCGAAGAGCUUCAAGAGAUGGGCCCGGACCGUUCGUGCAAAUGAUAAGCUUGGCAUGGUGUCGAAACAAGAAACAAAGGUUGUUCAAUCUCUAGUUCGCAGGCAUAUGCGUCUCCUAUUGUGUCGAGAGACUAAGUUCUCCCCCAUCCCACCAUCUCUAUCGGCGGCAGAGCAAGAGGGAUUAAUCGAGCGCUUUCCGGAAAACACGCUUCUUCCUCAUGGCGCUGCGGAACUUAUGAUCAUGACUACAGACUUUGUAAAGACCGGUUGUCACAUGAAGAAAGAAGAUCAAGAUGAGAUCGAAAAGGACCUCAAGCGUUGGGGCCUUCGUAGAUUUUCAAUGAACUGGGGAAGUGAUAUGAAUGAUCGUUGCAACAUCUUAGGUCGCGAAUUCUUUUGGGUUUCGUUUUAUCGUUCUAUCAAGAAUCGGGUCUAUAAAUUCAGGAUCAAUCCCGAUCUUCUUCGCCGCCAAAUAAUCCUUCCAGCAUUUGACGCCGAGUUCAAACAACUUUCUUCGAUGUAUCGAGAUCAAUGCAGUAGCGCUGAGAUACUUGGUUAUCAUGCCAUGGUGCAUGACAAACAAAUGGCUUGCAAAGAGUACGCUGAUUUCUUGGGAAGAUCUGGCGUUUCGCAAGAAAUUGUUGCGAUCUUUCAGCCAAGGAACUUUCAUAUCAUGGGGAAUCAGUUGGAAGUUACAGUCGUGGAGGGUGAUAAGUCCUUCAUCGAAGUUCAUGUAGCUAUACCUCGAUGGUGGUCUGACAAAGCAAAGGCACUCAUCGAAUUGAUCGAAUCACGGGUACACUCUCAUGUCACCUCUCAAAACGACUUCCCGGCCUUGUCUCGUUGGCAGCGCAAGUACUUCAUAACUUGUUCAACGGACUACGGUGUCAUCCCUCGUCACCUCCCUGCAGAUCUCUACAGCACCGAAUUUAAAGACAGUUUAUUACCAACUGAGCUUGAGGACCUCAAAAUGAAACCCGACUUGUUACCACCCGCUAAACACAUGGCAGAAAUCUUUCCUGCCGACUUGGACGAAGCGGUCUUCCAUCCCUUUGGUGCUCCGUUCAAUCAAUAUUAUCCUAGUGAUGAUGAAUUGUCUUCCGAUGAACUUAUAGAUUCAGAAUCAGAAGACGAGCUUCAACCCAGUCCUGAAAUCAAGCGCAUUGAGGAAGACUUUAAAAUUCAAGUUGAAGCGUUAAAGGAAGAUAUCCAGACUUCAAAAUCGACUUUUGCACGUUUCCAAACUGAAAUCAACACUUCGAUCCCAUUGCGCUUGGAGGAACUCAAUAAUGCAAAGAUUGAAAUUGCGGAUCUCAACAAAAAAAUUAUUGAAAUACAAGCACAGUUGAAUUCGGGUAGCUCUGAUUCUGGUUCUCAAGAACAAGAUGUGAUAGUGGGUGGCGAUUUGGUGGGAGAAAGUGGUGGUGGAAGUGUUGAUGUAUGA